CCUCUACAGUACCAGGCACACCCUGGGGUGGGGGAGUUAUGAAGUGGUGCAGGGGCAGCUGACCCUAGUCUGGCUGUGGCACCGCCUACGUUUACGUCAGUGUGUUGUGGUCACUGCCACUCAUAGGGCCUUGGGACGGGGCACAGUGGAGUGGGUGGGCCUGCACCACCACUGCCACUGGGGUGGCAGUCUCCCCUCUCUAAGACAAGGAGCCAGAGUUUGUCGGCCAUCCACCAGAGCUAGGAUGCCUGAAUGCCUUGAUCCUCAGUCCUGACCAGAGGCCCGAGCCAUAGGCCUUUGUUGCCCUGCCCUGAUUAAGGGCCGGCAUUCCCUGUGUUUGCUGCUCGGCCCUGGACAUGGACCCGAGCUAUAGACCCAUUGCCCCAUCCUGCCUGAGGGCCUGGGUUACCUAACUUCCUUUGCAGCUCAGCCCUGACCUCAGCCCCGACCCCUUGACUCCUGUGGCCUCGCCUUGCCUGAGGGCCUGGGCUAUUUAAUAGUGUUUGUUGCUGGCCCCCUUGACUACAAGCCUGAGCUAGAGACUCGCUGCACAGCUAAUUCCCCACAACAGGUGAUGCCCAGCGACAGUGAGGCGGACUGGUCUUCCACGGACUCGGAGGAGGAGGAACCCCACCGCUGGACCACUACAACUACGUAUCUGUAGUUACACCUGGUGGCUGGUCAGAGAGCCUUCAUGUAACAGCGGCUGGGAGUGUCCAUUCCUGUGUGAAUGAUGGUGGAGGUGUAGGACCCGGAGCUGGUCUGCAGCAUGUCACAGCAGCACAUUGAGAGAGGAAGCCCAGGCUCGUGAGUCAUAGCACUCAGUGGAACCUCAAUUUCAGGCACCUUGAGAAUUCCUGAGUCUGAUGGACGCAUCAACCACCUCAUGGCAUCUUUGAACCUCACCCCCUCUGGCCCUUCAACAUUUAUUCUAAUGGGCAUUCCUGAUCUGGAAGCUUCCCAUGUCUGGAUUUCCAUCCCUUUCGCUACAUUCUACAUUAUUGGCCUGUUCGGAAAUUCCAUGAUUCUGUUUGUUGUAGGGAAUGAGAAGACCCUGCACAAGCCAAUGUACCUGCUGCUAUGUAUGCUGGCACUCACAGACAUUAGCAUGUCUACCUGUGUCAUGCCGAAGACACUGUUGAUAUUUUGGUUCAAUAUGAAAGAUAUUAUAGUGGAUGGCUGCCUCACCCAAAUGUUCUUUUUUCAAGCAAUUUCUAUUAUGCACUCAGGUAUCCUUGUCACAAUGGCCUUCGAUCGCUAUGUUGCCAUAUGUAACCCUCUGAGAUAUGUCACCAUCCUCACCAAUGCACGAAUAGCUAAGCUAGGGCUUGUGGGUUUGAUAAGAGCUGUUCUUUUCAUGCUUCCCCCGCCCCUGCUCCUGAGCAGGCAGCCAUUCUGUGCCAACCGCAUUAUCCCCCAUACAUACUGCGACCACAUGGCUGUGGCAAAGAUGUCGUGUGGGGACAUCACUGUAAACAGGAUGUACGGCUUGGUGUUGGCAUUUGUAGUCAUUGGGUCAGACCUGACUCUCAUUGCCCUGUCCUAUGGUCUGAUCAUCAGGGCCCUCCUCAGAAUCUCCUCCAAGAAAGCCCACCAGAAAGCCUUCAGCACCUGCACAGCCCACAUCUGUGUGAUUCUGAUGUCUUAUCCUCCCGGCCUCUUCUCCAUUCUGACACACCGGUUCAGUCAGGGCAUCGCUCCCCACAUUCACAUCAUCAUGGCCAACCUCUAUUUCGUCACUCCCCCCAUGCUCAACCCAAUCGUGUAUGGGGUUUAUACCAAAGAACUUCGUGCCAAAGUGGGUAAAUACAUCUGCAGAAUGUGAUUUCCUGGGGCCACUGAUUUCAAACCUGUGUGACAAGAGGGAGAAAGUACAUCUCCUCAUUUAUCAAGGGUGCUCUGUCACAGUUUGGCUGAGGUCAGCAUUGUGGAAGUUCACAGUCUGAGAAGUUCCUCACACCUAACAUCUUAUCACUCCAUCUCCAAGCACUGUUCUCUCCGUUGCUGAGUUCCCCCCGUCACCAUCACCUUUCAUUGUCACCCAUCAGCCACCAACCCCACAAAUCCUGUCACUUAGCUUUUCCAUAACUCCUAGACUACUAGAAUAUACUGCAGCUUUCUGAUGUAAGGUGGCUUU